AUGUCUGAUCAAGGAUUCAGACGAUAUAUAUUUGUGACUUCUACAGAUAAAAGGUUAAGAUCGAAGAAACCAAAUUACCAAGCAUCGCAAAAGAAGUUGAAUGAGUUCUUGGUUAAAGAUAAGCAAAGAAAGAUUGCUGAGAAAGAAAACCAGUAUAACAAGAAGUUAGAAAGUUUGAAAUCCUUGACCAAAGAUGUAUCUAAAAUAUUGCAAGCAUCAAAGAAAAGAGAAGAAAAAGUUCAAGAAAUAAAGAAUUUGAAGAUGCCAUCGGACCUUGAGAAAGAGUCUGAACAACUUUACCGGUCUUUGGAGCCCGAUGCUCGAUCGAGUGAUGGAAGUGUCAUGAAUUCGCAGCUUGCAUCAGGGAGUAAAGAAGUUGCUUUCGCCAAAAUUGAUCCUGGUAAUUCUUCUUUGAUAGCACCGGUUGUGGAUCUCCCUAAAUCGAUUUCUGACAGAUUGGGUCUUGCUAUUAAGUACUUGACUUCUAAAAGGAAUCAAAACUGGGUCUUGGUUGUCUCGCAAUUGAAAGAGUCUGGUGGAUUGGAAGGCAUCAAUAAAAGGGACAUUAGAAAACUUAUAGACCAAAUCCCUUUGAACCAACUUGGAGAUGUGGUUCCAGCUUUAGAAAAGAUGAUGCAUAAACUGAAAGUCGGAAUCCCCAGUGCGGUUGCUGUUAGAUUCAUGAAAGGAAUAAUACAUGGUAGGUCAAUAGAUGGUCCCACUAUGAAGAAAGUUAAAAGCUAUAUUAAAUACUUAAGAAAACAUAAGGGCAAGAGCAAGCUAUCUCUAAAUGCAUAUGAAACUAUAAUCGAAGCAUACGGAAGGUGUGGUGAUUUAGAUAAAAUGAAUGGUUAUCUUGAGGAGAUGAAAAAAUUUAAUUUGCAACCUUCAGAUUAUGUUUACACGAACAUUUUAUCAACUUGUGUUUACAAGUUGAAGAAUCAUAAACAAGCAGUUGAAAUUUUCGAUUCUAUGAAGUUCAUUUCCAGUAUGACAAAACCUGGAACUAGAGCUUAUCAAGAUAUAAUUGUGUCUUAUGUUAAUGAUGAUAAUAUCGAAAAGGCUUUAGAUCUUUACCAAGAAAUGCUUGUUGAAAAGAUUCCACUUAAUCAGCAAAUUCUAGUUACUUUGGCAAGAGGUUGUAGUUCAAGACCUUUAUUGAGGAACAAAUCUUGGGAGUUCAUGUUUGAAAUUUACAAUCUAGGCUGGGAACCAUCUUUGCAAACAUUUGAUUACAUUCUUUAUUUAUCCGCCAAAGAAGGAGAUGUCUCUCUUGCAAGAAUUUUUUAUAAAAAACUUCAUGCUGCUAAAGCUAUCACUCCACGUUCAUUUGGAUUUUUACUCCUUGCAUACUCUAAAAGUCAAUUGAAUAAACCAAGGAAAGAUUGGGUUCCAUUCCCAAUCACCUCGCUUGAGACAGGAAGAAAUUUUAGAACUAAUUUACUUGCAAGCAAUAAUACAAAUCCUUCUGGUGACACUCCUGAAUCGUUUAUUCCAUUUUUACCUGUUCCUGAACUCACUGAUCCAUCUCAAAUUAUGGCCGAAUCGAGUGCCGUUUGGGCACAAGCUUUGAUGUUCUCGCCGGAAUUUCUCAAUCGUCAGACUUGUACUUCAUUUCUUAAUAUCGCGGCCGAAAUGGGGUCUUUGAGCGAUUUCAUCGAUAGGUAUAGAACGUUCACUUACCUUGAUAAAAAAGGUUAUACCACUAACGAAAUAAUAAUUGAAGAACCAGAAGAAGCUAUCAAAAGUAAUUCGUCUGAUCUAUUCGAAGGAUCUGAGAAAACAAAAGCACCGAUCUUGAAUGAAAUGGAAACUGUCAAGGACCAUAAGCUUCCACGUUCCUCUUUAACUUAUGUCAUAGCCUUAAAGGUUGCAGGAAAAUACAGAAACUAUAAAUUUGCUCAAGAAAUAUGGACUGAAAGAGGGAUUUACCGUAAGACAGAUGCAUUUAAGAACUUACCAAGAGAAGAAAAAGAUGCUUUAGAUUUUGAAUUUGCAAGUGCCAUGGUUUCUUGUUUAACAAAAAUGAAUCUUUUGAACGAUGCUUUGGCAAUUUUGCUUAGUACUGAAUAUCAAUUUAAAUGGACCUGGAAGGAAUUGACUGAAUUAUAUAGAGCAGCAGUUGAAAUUGGUGAUAGUAAUAUCACAAGACCAAUUAGAGGUAUAACUAAAAGGGCUCAAAUCAAUUAUGAAGGUAAAAUUAGACCGAAAGACUUUAGAAGGUAUGUGUUGGAAAGAAGCUAUUAA